AUUAUUUCAUUUGUCUUGAAAGCAUUGUCUCCUCUAUGCUUCCCUUCCCUACCUAACCUACCAAAAACCCUCCAUUAUUAUUACACCAUUACAGAAAUGAAGCAGAUGAGGGAGAUGUUCACGUACAGUAGCCCUCUAUGGCUCCUCCUGAUAACCACCAUCUGUGCCAUGCCACCGCCGCCCCCGCUUCAAUGCAACCAGAUUGGGUGCACCCUCUACAACUCCUAUGGCGCGUGGGGUGACCGGAAGGACUGCCACGUCCCAAACGUCACCUACCCUGCAACCCAAGAAGAGCUGCGCCUGGCAGUCGCCUACGCCAAUCGGAAUAAGCUCAAGCUCAGAGUUAUCAGCAAAUUUUCACACACCAUACCCAAAUUGGCCUGUCCCACAUCGGUUUCCGACGACUCCUUCCUAAUAAGCAGCGCGAAAUAUGAUUCCCGCAUCGACGUGGACACGGAGGAUCUGGCCGUGACGGCCGAUGCUGGGGUGGGAUUGCGUGAGCUGAUUGAUAAAGUAGAAGAAGCCGGGUUGAGUUUGGUGGCUGCGCCGUAUUGGGAGGGCGUGAGUGUUGGAGGGCUUAUUAGCACUGGGGCGCAUGGGAGCUCCUGGUGGGGAAACGGAGGGGCUGUUCACGAUCAUCUUAUUGAUCUCACUCUUGUUGUUCCGGCUCCGGCAUCGGAAGGAUACGCCAAAAUAAUCACAUUAAAAGCAAAGGACCCACUCUUCAAUGCUGCUAAACUCUCAUUGGGAUUGUUAGGUGUCAUUUCAAAGGUAAAGUUGUCAGUAGAAAGAGAAUUCAAAAGAAGCGUAACGUAUAAUUUCACGAGCGAUGAAGAAUUUGAAGAAGAAUUGAUGGAGCACGCAAGGAAACACGAAUUCGGAGAUAUAACGUGGUAUCCAUCAAAGCAUAAAGCUGUGUACAGAUAUGAUGACAGAGUUCCCAUCAACGUCUCUGGAAAUGGGGUUUACGACUUUAUCGGCUUCCAGUCCACUUCCAUCCUCGUCUCCAAAUCAAUCAGAGCAGCAGAGAAGAUAAUGGAGAGUACACGGAAUGUGAAAGGAAAAUGCAUAGUGGCAGCUACUAGCGUGGGGUCCAAGCAAUUAGUCGCCAACGGAUUGAAGAAUGGCCUAAUAUUCACAGGCUAUCCAGUAGUGGGACCUCAGGCCAAAAUCCAAACCUCAGGCUCGUGUCUCUACUCACCAACCGUGGAUGUCACAGCCGCGUGCCCUUGGGAUCCAAGAAUCGACGGCCUCUUCUUCUACGAGACCACCGCAAUCUUCCCGGCUCCAAAGUUCGCCGACUUCAUCCGCGACGUGAGAAAACUGAGAGACCAAAACCCGGACAAUUUCUGUGGCGUGGAUAUCUACAACGGCUUUCUUAUACGCUUCAUCAAGGCCUCCGGGGCCUAUCUUGGGCAAUCGGAGGACUCUGUGGUGGUUGAUUUCAACUACUACCGAGCCAGCGAGGCUUUAACGCCGCGGCUGAACCAAGACUUGUGGGAGGAAGUGGAGCAGAUGGCGUUCUUCAAGCAUGGGGCGAAGCCGCAUUGGGCGAAGAACAGGAAAGUGGCGUUCUUGGGGGUGCAGCGCAAGUAUCCGAGGUUUAGCAACUUUGUUGCAGCCAAAAAACAGUUGGACCCUGAAAACAUGUUCUCAAGUGAAUGGACGGACGAGAUUGUGUUUGGGAAGGAAGCAGCCAAGGAUGAGGGGUGUGCUUUAGAGGGACUGUGUAUAUGUUCCCAAGACCGGCAUUGCAGCCCGGAGAAAGGAUAUUUCUGCCAACAAGGCUUUGUUUAUAAGGAAGCUAGAGUUUGUAGGUAUUCACAGAUUACUACUGCUUAAUUGAUAUAUCAGUAGCAAUCCAAGGACUUCGGAAAAAGAAACUUGCUCAGUAUUAUUGUAGAUUUUCGGAGCUUUCUAGUUAUUUAAAUAAACUCAAUAAUAUUCUUUACCAUUUUAAACUAAA